GCGGGAUUAGGCUACUCGCAGCCGACCGGUGAGAAUGAGGACGCCGAGAUAACGAGCUCAUCCUCGGCUAUUGGUCCUCUUGAGUCGUCGAAGGUCUCCGGGAAAAUGUCUACGAUGCGUCCGUACCGUGAAACCAGGAGCUAACGGCUGCUCGAACCUCGACCGUUGGAUGCUAAGUCUAAAAGUUUUCUUUCUUUCGGACUGUUGUUUGUGAGCUGCAGGGAUAAACCACCGAGGCGGACAGGUGUCCUCCUCUCAAGUCACCACCCCGUCUCCCCUCUCCAUCCCCCGCUACGCUGUAAUACGACCGGGGCUUGGAGUUUGACUUUUUCUUUUUUGUACGAAACUAGACUUUUCUGAACCAUGUUGUGGACAAGUUGGCUCGUCCUGCUGCUCUGCUGGGGAGCCACAAGCGGCGAGCAGCAGGCGGAUGAGAGUGACGGGACCCCGGCUAAGGCCCGGGCGGACCCCCCCCGACAGCGGUCCCCUCCACCGGUGGAGCCGUUGGAUUUUGGGUUUGUACCGGCGGCGGUUUAUGAUACCCACGCUUACUACGAGCCGGGGCCCAUAGGGAUCCUCUUCCACAUGGUCCACGCGUUUCUCUACGCUAUUCAACCAAACCCCUUUCCCAAAGAUAUGAUUGUUAAAGUCAUUCAACAAAACAUGGGAGGAAUCAAAAUAGAAGAAUGGAGAAAGCCAGAUAAUGUGGUCCUGUUACUACAGUGGAUCUACUACGAGGUCGGAUUCCUCACAUGUGCGACCAUCGGUAUCACGUUCGUGGUCCUCAUCCCCAUCAUAGGGAUGUGUUUCUGUGUGUGUCGAUGCUGUGAGAACUGCGGCGGGGAGAUGCACCAGAGACAGAGAAAGAACGCCGACUGUCAGAGAGGUUUCUACACUGCCUCGCUCGUCGCCACCUCCAUCUUCAUCACUUUGGGAGUACUCAUUGCCUAUGCUGCGAACCAUAAUGUCACCACCCAGAUUAAGAGCACUCGGCGGCUCAUCAACACCAAUAUGAGAGACCUGAAGACAUUUGCUAACAACACACCUGCGCAAGUUCAAUACCUGACAGCCCAGUACACCACAGCAAAGAACAAAGUCCUGUCAGACCUCGACAACAUUGGACCUCUGCUGGGUGGGAGGAUCCACAGUCAGCUGGAGAAAGAGGUGGUUCCCUCGCUGGACACUGCGCUGCGUAUGGCAGGAGCAAAAGUUGAGAAUGCCAUCAAAGCCAUGCGGGAGACCAAAGAGGCCCUAGAGAACGUCAGCUCCUCCUUGGAGGUUCUUCAGGAGGGGACGGCGAAACUUCAGGCCAGUCUGUCAGGGGAGCGUGCCUCUCUGUCCAACACCUUAUCAGACCCUGCUUGCACUAAUGGAGCUGUGUCCCACACCUGCAACACCAUCCGCUCCACGCUAUCCCAGCUGGGAAUCAACGCUGACUUCUCCGAGCUGCCAGAUGUCAGUCAUGCUUUGGCCAAUAUCAAUACUGUCCUGAAAACAGACCUCAGCAACAUUGUACAAAAGGGUUACUCAUCCUUUAAUGAUACGCCAAAACUGGUUCAUGAACAAACUAAAAACAUUGUCUCAGCUCUACCUCGAGUAAAAGGUAUGCUGGAUAAGGUUGGCACAGAGAUCAACAGCUUCUCCAAGAUGUUCCCAGUGGAAGCGUCUCUGGUCAAUUUCACUAAUUUCCUCAACCAAGGACAGAAAAACAUUGAGUCCUAUUACCCACAGGUUGACCAAUUGGAUUUCUACAGGUGGAUCGGGUGUGUGGCAGCGCUCUGCAUGGUCGUCCUGGUCCUAGCCUUCAACACUCUCGGACUGCUGUGCGGUGCCUGCGGCUACGACAAGCAAGCUACACCAACAACACGAGGCUGCCUAUCAAACACCGGCGGCAACCUGCUAAUGGCUGGGGUGGGCUUCUCUUUUAUCUUCGCGUGGGUGCUGAUGGCCAUCGUGACCACCUUGUUUGUUGUUGGUGGCAACGUUGAGAAGUUGAUUUGUGAACCGCUGGCUAAUCGACAGCUAUUCAAGAUCAUAGAUACACCAUUCCUUGUUCAUCCCGCCAAGAAGAACUUCCUUCCUGGGAUGCUGUUUCAGAAUCCGAACAUUGACUUGACUUUGGGAAGCUUGUACAGGGACUGCCAUGAAAACAACGGCUUGUACCAUUCUCUGCAGCUGGAGACCAUGUUCAACAUUAACUCCUUCCUCAACAGAACUGUGUACAACAAGGAUCUGGCCAAAGUGUUUGAGAGUGUGCAGGUGGACCUGCAGGACAUCAUGCUGCUGGAGCAGGCCGGCAGAGACAACCUCAUGAACUUCGCCAACUCUGGAGUCGGAGAGAUCGACUAUGAAGCCUACCUGGCUGAGGUAAACAAGGGAGUCACUCUUGUGGAUCUCCUGUCCUUCUCCACUGACCUGGAGGCUCAGGCCGACCAACUGCCACGUGGUGCUCUGGAGAACGCACUGAAAGGACACGCCAGCAGUAUCAGGCAGAUUCACAGAGAUCAGGUGGUUCCCAUGCUGCAAGCAAUGAAAUAUGUCAGAGCGCGGAGUACACUGAGCCAGAGUAUCAAACAACUGCAGAGAAUGUCAAACGACCUGCCGGUCAAGGUCACGAAUAUCCUGAGUGCCAUCGAUGCAGCAGAGUACCUCAUCACUCAUAACGCCUCCCAUGUGGUGAAACGGGAAACGAAGGGCUACACACAGAGCUUGGAGGGUUACUUCAAACAGUACACAGAAUGGGUUAAAAACUCGUUGACUGCAGAGGUGGCCCAGUGUAAACCCAUCAGUAACAUUGUGGACAGUAUGGAGAUAGUAGCGUGCAGCUUCAUAGUUGAUUCAGUGAACACAUUCUGGUUUGGUCUGGGCGGCUGCUGUAUCCUUCUGAUCCCCAGUAUCAUCUUCUCCGUCAAACUGGCCAAGUAUUACCGAAGGAUGGACACAGAGGACGUCUUUGAAGAUGUGGGUAAUACAGGUAAUCAUGGUGAACACAUGUGUGAUAUCCACGGAGACCUCGCUGUGGUCAGCUCUCCCUAUUCCGACACUCUGACCCGGUUCCCUCGGGCCUCUGCUCCCCCGAGCUACUCCGACUGGUGAGCCAAAGCAACUCGUCGAUGAGCGGACAAGAGGGCUGGAACUGAUAUUUUCCUCGUGGAUCACUGGACUUUCCAGCUUUCCCAUUCAGAUCAUGUAAUCAAUGGACCAAAGGGAAGAACAACAACCAUCAGGGACUGUGUGGGGAGGGCGUCUCACUCCCCAGAACCCCUUCAAGCCAUUUGACAAGGACCUCAGAUGCCAGCCAACUGUAAUUUAUCUCUCAUGCACAUGCGUACUAGUCAGAGCAGUACCACAACAGUCCUUCUAGUGUUACGGUCACUGUACAUGAUCAACUAAUGUAUCCAAGCAAUGUUCCUGCAUAACUAGUUUAACCUGUAGAAAAUAAAUUUGUUUGUACUUACGUUAUCAGUUUUACCAUGGUGACACAAGUGUACAUUUUUUACGCUUUCAAAACUUUUGAAAGUUUUAUAUAUUUUUGUUAAUGUUUGUUUUAUAACACUUAAGUAGGUUUUAAUAGAAGUAGCUAUUUUCUUUAUUUUAUCUGUCAAUAUUUGUAAUGUAGCUUGCAUCAUUUUGGCUCAACAGGUUUGCAUCUUGUUGAGAGUUAGAGGAGAAGAUACCACUCUUGUGUCUUUUUGUUAAAUACCAGCCUGUUGGCUUAGUUUUGCAUGCAAGACAGUAACGAAGUGUCGCAAGUCUACAGCCAUGCUAGCAGUUGUGCUUUGAGCUAAAUGCUAACGUCAGCAUGCUAACAAGCUUACAAAGACAAUGCUCACAUGUUGAUGUUUAGUAGGAAUAAUGUUUACCAGGUUCAUCAUCUUAUACAUGCUAACAUUUGCUAAUUAGCAAUAAACAAAGUAUUUGGUCAUAAACCAAAGUAUUGGACAAAGUUUUGACCUGAUGAUGUCACUGGAUGAAAUGUCAGGGAUCUCCAACAUUAUUACAAUUCACCCUCUGGACACAGUAAAUAUCUGUAGUCAAUUUCAUUACAAUCCAAUAGUUGUCAAGACCAUACAUGUCUGUACAAAAUUUCAGAGAAUUCAUUAUUGCCAUCCAUAGAGAAAAUAAUAAUUUACGGGGGGGUUAUGCACCGGACUAUUUCUUGGCCGGAUUACUUAGUCUUUUUUACACUUUGUUUUUUUGUACAGAUUAAACAAACAAGAUAAAACAUGUUAAUUAUUGAGCUUCAGAGGUGCUGGUAUUUUGUUUCCUUUGGUCAGAGCCAGGCUAACUGGCGAGGCAAAUGGCCGUCCACCUAGAGCCAGGUGCUGUUUGAGGUUCCUGUUGCCGCUGUCACACUAAAUUCAUGCACUUGGGGAAAUGGUUGGGUCUCUGUAAAUUAUAGAGUAAAGUCUAGACCUACUCUAUCUGUAAAGUGUCCUGAGAUAACUUUGAAUUUGACACCAUCAAUAAAAUUGAAUUGAACUGUUUUCCCGUUUCCAGAAACCCCAUUUUUUUCAGGUCAUAUUCCCUGACCUAUGAGCUAUCCUGACCCUAACCACUCAAAAUGAAUGCCUAACCUCAACCAUCUGCCUAACCAUGUCGCUGCUAAGAUGGGCGUGGCUUGCCAAGAAAAGCAGUGGAAUUCAUAAUAAUUAACUGUAGCUGUCAUGGUUAGCAUACAGACAUGAGAGUGUAAUUGUUCUUCUCAGCUAACUCUCAGCAAGAAAGCGAAGAAAAAAAAAAUGUAUUCCCCAAAAUGUUGAACAAUUCCUUUAUACACUGAAGGUGGAAACUACCAGUUCUGUUUGGCUCCUGCCUGUCUAAAAUAAUGAAAUCCUUGAGACAUCAAGAGAUCAAUCCAAAGUUUAUCAUGGUCCAUUACUACAAGAGGCAAAAAGCUAAUACACACACACACACACACACACACACACACACACACACACACACAGUUUGUGGGGAGGGGUGCAAAUCUGUGAAUUAAAAACUUCAGUCAAGUG